AUGGGUCUCCCGGAUGAUGCCGAGUCUGGUCCAGAGAUGGGCGUCAAGAUGGCAGAGAAAACUCAGGGCAGCAAUAUAGUCGACUGGGAUGGGCCAGACGAUCCUCAAAAUCCUCGAAACUGGCCAUCUCUGAAACGGAAUUCGCAUGUUGUUUUCAUCAGUUUGUUUACUUUGUACGGAAAUCUUGCCUCUACCAUGUUUGCGCCCGGUGCUGGAGAACUUGUGCAAGAUUUUGGCAUUACGAGUUCGGUUCUAGCAGCAUUCACUGUCAGCAUUUACUUGGUUGGCUACGGAAUAGGACCGCUCGUGAUCAGUCCGCUCUCGGAAGUAUAUGGACGGCUGCCCAUAGUCCACAUUUGCAAUGUUGUUUUCAUUGCCUUUACGAUCGGCUGCGCUGCUAGCACCAACACGGCAAUGUUCUUCGUCUUUCGCUUCAUUGCCGGAUCUGCCUGCUCAGCGCCAAUGACUAUUGGCGGUGCCGUCAUUGCAGAUGUUACCACGCCAGAGAAGAGAGGAAAGGCAAUGUCCGUUUGGGCCAUGGGCCCGCUGCUAGGUCCGGUCGUUGGUCCCAUCAUAGGUGGCUUUGUCGCACAACGCCUUUCAUGGCGCUGGUCAUUUUGGAUCAUUGCCAUCCUGGCAGGGGUUGUCUUUGUUUUAUCGUUUAUAGUCAUGCGCGAAACCAAUGCUGCGAUUCUUCUUCAACGCAAAGCGGCCAAGAUCAAUCGCGAAAAGGGAGAAAAGUACCUGGUUGUAGAGGGCGACACUCAACAAGCAGCUCGUCAAAUUAUCAUACGAGCCAUCCUCCGACCUACCCGUCUGCUUCUUUUCUCCCCCAUUGUCACUCUACUUUCACUCUUUUCCGCGUUUGUCUUUAGUCUCAUCUACCUCUUGUUUACGACGUUUCCUUCGGUAUUUGAGACCCAAUAUGGCUUUAGUGUAGAGCUCUCUGGAUUGGCAUACCUUGGUCUUGGCAUAGGGUUCUGUAUUGGCAUCAUUGGUUUUGGCGCCACUAAUGACAGGAUAUACAACAAGCUCAAAGGCGAGGGCGAGGGCACACCCGAGAUGCGUCUUCCGACCAUGAUGUGGGUAUCGCCCAUUGUCUCGGCCGGCUUCUUCUGGUACGGCUGGACCGCGUAUUACCACGUCCACUGGAUCGCCCCCAUCAUUGGCACGUCGCUCAUCGCCAUUGGUGCCCUGUUCGUCAUCAUGCCGUCGCAGCUCUACCUCGUCGAUGCAUUUGGCCCGCAAGCUGCGGCCUCGGCGCUGGCGGCCAACCUCGUCGUCCGCACGCUGUCGGGGGCGUUUCUGACGCUGGCCGGCCCGCCGCUGUACUCUUCCCUAGGACUUGGCUGGGGAAAUAGUCUCCUCGGCUUCUUGGGUCUGCUGUUUGUGCCUAUACCAUGGCUUUUCUAUAGAUAUGGUAAGACUCUGCGAGAGAGAUUUGUGUUUCAACCCUGA